CGCACAGAGUAUGCAUAAUUUUGUUAUUGAAUGUCGGCGAAUAAAUAUUUUUCACUUUGCAAGAAACAAAAGCAAGGGGUGAAUCUUGUGUGUGAUUAAGAAAUAGAGAGGUAGUUUCUCACAUCCUAGAACAUGUGAGAUAUCUAAUUGCUUAAGGUACCACUGACAGCUCAGUAGAACUUGGAAAAUGGAGUCAAUGAGUGAUGAUACACAUGUGGUAGCAAUAGGGUAUCUUGAGGAAACAGAAUCGUGGAAGUUGGAAAGUCGUUUCUUUCCAAGUAAAGUUGGUGGAAAGCCAGCAUGGUUGGAUUUAGCAAACUUGCCUAGUAAUGAAGAUUUGAAGUGCCCAAAAUGUCAAAAUCCCUGCAUGUUUUUAUGUCAAGUUUAUGCACCAUGGAUAGAUUUGGAAAGCUGUUUUCACAGAACAAUUUUUAUAUUCUUGUGUGUGGAUGCUGAUUGCUGUGAAGAAAAUGAGAAUAGGACAUUCAAAGUGUUUCGAUGUCAAUUUGGCAGGCGAAAUGAUUUCUUUCCUUUUGAUCCACCCAUUGAUGAUGAAAAUUGGAGACCAGACUUGAAGGCAGAUUCUUACAACAAAUUAUGCAUAGUAUGUGGUGCUAAAGGAACUAGUCACUGUGGUCGAUGUAAGAAAGUUAAUUACUGUAGUAGGCAACACCAAAUUGUUGACUGGAAGACUGGUCAUAAAGAAAUGUGUCGAUCAGGCAUAAUGAAGCCGGAAAGCAAGUCGAUGCGAUGCCUGUGGUUGCUACCGGAGUUUGAAUUGGUGACUGGACGCGAGGAUGAGGAGAGCGAGGAGGAGGCAUCAUGUAGCAGUGAAAACUGCAGCUCCAAUGAAGACGAAGAAGACAGCAAUAAUCUGGUAGAUGAUGAGCUCCUCCAAAUGGCAGCCCAAGACGAAGACAAAGUGUUUGUGCGGUUCCGCUCCAAGGUGGCUAAGUUCCCACAGCAGGUGCUGCGUUACGAGAGAGGUGGGCGACCCCUCUGGCUCACCUCGGACAACAUACCUGCCACCAAUGACAUUCCCCCUUGCCCUUACUGCAAGGCACCUCGUCAGUUCGAGCUUCAAAUACAUUAAAUACCAAUUAUUUCUGCUCUUAAUAAACUGACAAGAUGUUUGAUAUGUUUUUCUUUAUUUAAAACAUCUAUUAACUAUUUUCAAAUGCUGCUAAUUCAGUGAGAAUAUGAGCGCAUGUAACUCGAUGUGUCUUCGUUAUUUAGGAAUUGCUCAAAAACCUACGUGAGUAAGAAGACUUGGAAAUUUGGUUUUAAAAUAAUUUCAUCUUUUAAUAAUCAUCUUGAUGGCUUUGGUCUAAAAAGAAUAUUGUUAAAGGAAGUAAUGUAAAUGUAG